AUGUGCAAGACAAUUCAAAUGCAUGGAUUCCCAUCUAAUGUGUCUGCAGAAGAGGUAUGCAAAUUUUUGGAGCAACAUACAGGGGUCCAAACUGUUCAUGCCGUAGAGGUUGGGCAGCAUAAAGAAGGAGAUCCUACGAGAAAUGUUAAUGUUCAAUUCACAGACAGAAGGAGUGUUGAAACUAUCUUGCUCUUAGUUACUCACAACCUGUCUUACAGUGACAAUGUUCUAAAUGCUACAGAAAUAGAACAUGACAUUGUGCCAAAGCCAAGGAUCUUUCCUCACAGCUUGGAUGAUAUAGUAGUGCACUUUGGAUGUCAGACAUCCAAGGACAAACUUAGUGUUCUCUGGGAUCAUCCAAAUGCUUCAGUUAAAUUUGGAUCCAGAUUAAGAAGGAUGUAUAUAUUUUUCCAUUAUUUGUCUAUGGAUUAUAAGCUGCAGAUUUCUUCCGAGAGCAUAAAAUGUAUUCAGCUGCAUCAUUCAUCUGAUUUAACCAAGAAGAUUCUCCUUUUUCAGUUAUGCAAUGCUCCUCUGAUCUACGAAAAAGAUAUUUCCAUAAACAAAUAUUUUAAGGAAGUUUAUGACAACCAUUGGUUUCGAGGAGUAGAUUUCACCCCAUCAUGUAGCAUUGGACAAUCCUCUACUUUAUGUCUUGAGCUUUCUCAAAGUGUUGAGUUUCCAAAAUUCCGUCAGCACUACCGUAAUUAUAAUGAAGUUGACAACAGCAUCUUUACUAUUGAGAGACACCUUGGUUUCUAUUCUGAAUUAAAUUUUGUCCCCAUGGUGAUCCCACCAGAAGGAUUCAACUUGCCAUACAAAAUUUUGUUCAAAAUCAACUCAUUAGUUCAGCAUGGAUGUCUUCCUGUGCUAGCAAUUGACAUAAACUUUUUUCAUCUGGUUGAUCCUAGAAGAGUAAAGCUUGAAUAUAUAGAAAGUGCACUGCAUAAAUUAUAUCAAAUGAAAGUAUGUUGCUAUCACCCAGUACAAUGGUUGGAGAAACAAUAUAAAAAGUACUCAACAAACAGUCUAUUUCCAGUCUCUGGUGCCAUUUCUUUAGAUGAUGGGUUGGUCUAUGUUCAUAGAGUGCAAGUAACUCCAUCCAAAAUCUAUCUCUGUGGUCCUGAAGUGAACCUUUCCAAUCGUGUCUUGCGCAACUAUCCUGAAGACACUGAUAACUUCCUUCGUGUUUCCUUCGUUGAUGAGGACAUGGAAAAACUUCAUUCAACAGAUUUGGUGGCACGUUCAUCUUCUAUAAAUGUGGAAAGAGAAACAAAACUUCAUGAAAGAGUACUGUCAACGCUAAAAAAUGGCAUAGCAAUUGGUGAUAAAAAGUUUGAGUUUCUUGCCUUCUCACCAAGUCAAUUACGGGAUAACUCUGUGUGGAUGUUUGCAUCAAGAACAGGACUUACUGCAUCUGAUAUAAGAAAAUGGAUGGGAGAUUUUCAUGAAAUUAGAAACGUGGCCAAAUAUGCAGCAAGACUGGGUCAAUCAUUCAGCUCUUCUAGGGAAACAGUGAGUCUUGGCAGCCAUGAAGUUGAAAAUAUUCCUGAUAUAGAGUUGAGAAGAGGUGAAAUUAAAUACUGUUUCUCUGAUGGCAUUGGGAAGAUAUCUGCUGAACUGGCUGAAAAUGUGGCUAAAAAAUGUGGUUGUAGAGAUAAAAUUCCAUCUGCAUUUCAAAUCAGAUAUGGUGGGUACAAAGGUGUUGUUGCUAUUGAUCCAACUUCAUCAACUAAACUGCUCUUAAGAAAGAGCAUGUGCAAGUACAAGUCAGAAAACACAAAACUAGAUGUGCUGGCAUGGAGCAAAUACAAACCUUGUUUCCUUAAUCGUCAAAUAAUCACUCUCUUGUCCACACUUGGGGUUAAGGAUCGAGUCUUCAGAAAGAAACAAAGGGAGACUGUUAAUCAACUGAAAAUGAUAUCAAUAAAUCCGUUGAAGGCAAUAGACUUGAUGCCACCAGGAGAGAUUAUAAACCUUUUAAGGGAAAUGCUCAUUUGUGGCUUUCAUCCAACCAAGGAGCCGUUUCUUUCCAUGAUGUUGCAAACAUUAUGUGCAUCAAAAUUACAGGAAUUGCAGCUCAAAACUAGGAUAUCUGUUAAGAAAGGAAGAGCAAUGUUAGGAUGCUUAGAUGAAACUAGGACAUUAAAAUAUGGAGAGGUAUUUGUGCAGAUAUCUCACCUAAGAAAUAAGCAAUUUCAUGAUAUGUCCUCUCUUUCUUCUAAUAGAUAUGGAUCAAACCAAAGUAAACAUAUUAUUAAGGGAAAGGUGGUUGUAGCUAAAAAUCCCUGCCUGCAUCCAGGAGAUGUUCGCAUUUUAAGAGCAGUGGAUGUACCUUCCUUGCAUCAUAUGGUGGACUGUGUUGUUUUUCCACAGAAGGGGAGAAGACCACAUCCUAAUGAAUGUUCGGGAAGUGACUUGGAUGGAGAUAUCUACUUUGUCAGUUGGGACCCUGAUCUAAUUCCUCCUCGUCAAGAAAAUCCCAUGGACCAUACACCAUCUCAAGCUAUGAAUGUCGAUCAUGAUGUUACAUUACAGGAUAUUCAGGAGUAUUUUGCCCACUACAUGGUUAAAGACAGCUUAGGAAUUAUUGCAAGUGCACACACUGUCUUUGCUGAUAGGGAUCCUGAAAAGGCAAUGAGCUCUUCAUGUAUUGAGCUUGCAAAGCUACACUCUGUGGCUGUUGAUUUUGCAAAAUCUGGUGUGCCAGCAGAAAUACCACAGCAUCUACGCGUGGAAGAGUAUCCGGAUUUCAUGGAAAAGUCAGACAAGCCAAGUUAUCAAUCAAAUAGCAUAAUAGGAAAGCUUUAUCGUGACGUGAAGAAUGUGGCACAACAAAAGAGCCUUACUAAGCCCUUCACUAGAAAAGUGGCAAGGGAAUCAUAUGACCAUGACAUGAUGAUUGAUGGUUUUGAGAAGUAUACAACUAUUGCUAGUGAAUACAAAAACAUGUAUGAUUUCAAGUUGGUAAGCCUAAUGGAUUACUAUGGUAUAGAGACAGAAGCAGAAAUAAUCAGUGGCAAUGUCUUGAAAAUGUCAAAAUCCUUCAAUGAAAGAAAGGAUUUGGAAGGAGUUAUUCAUGCGGUGAUGUCACUAAGAAAGGAAGCUAAGAGCUGGUUCAAUGAGAUGAUAAGCAAGUCAAAUUCUCAAAGUGAUAAUGCCUAUGCAAUAGCAUCAGCUUGGUACCAUGUUACAUAUCAUCCUAGUUACUGGGGAUGCUACAAUCAGGGAAUAAACAGGGAUCAUUUCCUCAGUUUCCCAUGGUGUAUACAUGACACUCUCAUCCAGAUAAAGAAGACCAAAGCUAGUCAUAGGAAUUACCGAAUUAAGCUUUGGACAUUACUGAAACUGUUUCCUUUGCUACUGUUUUGCUUCCUAUUGUGGAUAAUAGUGCAAUAUCCAAUUGAUUGA